UCUACAUUGAGAUCGUGUAAGAUCAACGAAUCGUCGCUGAAUUAUAAAAAAUAACGCGUGUGAAGGGAACAUUUUGUCUAACUUGAGUUUGUGUGAUAAUGACCAGCUACACUGACAAAGGAACCAAACCUGAAGCCGGCAAAUUUUUAAGCUUUGAUCAUCUGACUUUCUACGUUGGUAACGCCAAACAGGCGGCCAGCUACUAUACGACACGCUUGGGUUUCGAACCACUUGGCUACCAAGGAUUAGAGACAGGAGAACGACGGUAUGCGAAGCAUGCAGUGCGUCAAAACAAGAUCGUCUUCGUGUUUGUCUCGGCCUACACCACCGAUGAUGAGCAGCAUGGAAGCCACCUGAUGCGACAUGGUGAUGGCGUCAAGGACGUUGCCUUCGAAGUGGAGGAUUUGGAUGCAAUCUUUACUCUAGCUGUGGAACGCGGUGCUGAGGUGGUGCGCGACAUAUGGGAGGAGCGCGACCAGCAUGGCUUUGUGCGCUUUGCCACCAUCAAGACGUACGGAGACACGACGCACACGUUCGUGGAACGUAGCGGCUAUACUGGAGAUUUUCUGCCGGGAUUCCAACGUGCUCAGCCGGAUGUGCUGCUCCAGCAUUUGCCCGAUACAAAAUUAAACUUUAUCGAUCAUGUCGUUGGCAAUCAGCCCGACUUAGAAAUGGAAAGCGUAGCCGCUUGGUAUGAACGUAUUUUGCAAUUCCAUCGUUUCUGGUCCGUGGAUGAUUCACAAAUCCACACCGAGUACUCGGCCCUACGCUCCAUUGUAAUGGCGAACUAUGAGGAGACGGUGAAGAUGCCCAUUAAUGAGCCGGCAAAUGGGAAAAAGAAGUCUCAGAUACAGGAGUAUGUCGAAUAUUACGGAGGUGCUGGCGUACAGCACAUUGCUCUCAAUACGGAUGAUAUUAUAGCUGCUGUUUCAAAUCUGCGAGCUCGCGGCACUGAAUUUCUGACCAUACCCGCUUCAUAUUACGAAAUACUUGAAGAGCAGUUGUCGAACAGUCGCACCAAAAUCAAGGAAGAUAUGGCCAUACUAAAGAAGCUGAAUAUACUUAUUGAUUUCGAUGAGAACGGAUAUUUAUUGCAGAUCUUCACCAAGAACUGCCAAGAUAGGCCGACAUUAUUCCUGGAGGUUAUACAGCGCUACAAUCACAAUGGUUUUGGCGCCGGCAACUUCAAGUCGCUCUUCACAGCCAUAGAAAUUGAGCAGGCAAAGCGUGGAAAUUUAUAAAUUUUAAUACUUAAUGUAUAAUAAAUGCAAUGUAAUUACAAAAGGCCUCUUACGAUUAAA